AAUCCAAACUCCGCCCUUCCGUCCCUCUCCCCCUUUCCGCUCCGCGACGUGCACAUCUUCCCUCGGCCCUCUCUCUUCCCGUCCUUCUCCCUCCCUCCUCGUCUUAUCUGCCAUAUCCCCUCCACCCAUCCCUCUUCAUCGCGAUGUCAUCAGCGAACGAGCAGUCCACCUCCACCAACCCGGGGAAACGCACCGUCUCCAUCGCACUGCUGGUAGCGGACACACCGCCCGAGGACGUCGUCGCGGCAAAGGGGGAUUACCAUCGCAUCUACACUUCCUUCCUCACCCGCUCCCUCUCCACCAUCCGCCGACACAGAUGGCAAGAACGCAUCGAGCUCGACGUCCGCCCCUUCGACGUGGUUCACGCCCAGCACUACCCUACAGACGGCCAGCUGGCCGACGGGCUUUGGGACGCCAUCCUGAUAACGGGCUCGGCCACUUCCGUCUGUGAUGCUUCCUCGACUCCUUGGAUGGGGAAGCUACUCGACUUUGUACGUCAUGUAGCCGAGGAUCAUCCGCUGGUUCGUAUCCUAGGAGUCUGCUGGGGUCAUCAGGCCGUUGCGCGUGCCUUUGGCGGGGAGGUGGAGCAGAACGAGGCGGGAGGGUGGGAGUUGGGGGUGUACGAUUGUGAGCUUAAUGAGGAGGGGGAGGAGGUUUGGGGGUUCACUAAGUGGGAUUUGGAGGAGGAGAGGGGUAGUGCCGGUGGGGCGUUGAAGAUGGUUGAUGAGGAGCAGGAUGAGGGUGCGCCCAAGAAGCUGCGCAUCCAACAAGUGCACAAGGACCACGUAACCGCCCUGCCCGAGGACCUGAACGGGACUCCCUUCCUCAACCUCUGCUCCACCUCCGCGACGCCGAUCCAAUCCCUCUGCCUGCGCUACCCUACCGACUCACCCCCCAUGCCUUCGGUCGCUCAAACCUCCCAGUUCAUCGCCUUCGAUACAUUCACCCCUCCCACCUCCUCCGGUCCCUCGCCCCCGCGAGGAUGCCAGAUCCUGACGCUGCAGGGUCACCCGGAGUUUGAUAGGGAGAUCGUGGAACUCUUGAUCAAGGGAAAGGCGACGGCUAUGGGUGCUGUGCCGGCAGGGAUGGUAGAGGAGGCCCUGCAGCGCGCGGCGAGGGAGGAUGAUGCGAUGAAGAUUGGGAGGAGGAUUUGGGCUAUGCUUGGCGUGGAGGAGGGGAGGGAAGAGGGCGGGGAGUCGAUGUGAUGGCGUGCGACGACGUAAUAGAUGGCGAUGCAUUUACAUGGGAGGGCUGGUCAGGAUGGUCUCGCCGUCGUU